AUGGAGGAGAUGAUGUCAGUGAUCUUCAACGGAAUUAAUCUGGUUAAGGAGCUCGAAUUCAGCUUAUCAACACAAGAGUCAUUAGAAUCUCUCUCUAAUUCUCUCGGUUCAAUCUCCACUCUGUUCGGAGACGCCAACGAACGGUUAAAAAUCCUACUUGGGAGGAGGAACGCUUUGAUACUGAAUCAGCCUGAAUCAAAACCAGUUCCAGUGUCCAGCUUGGACCAGGUGAUGAUACAUCAGAUUGUUGAACAUGGUCUGAUGGAUGACUACAAAUUAGGGCAGGGAGUGAUGCAAGGCGUGAAGAGUAUUGAUUCUAAGACUUCAAGGCCUCGAAGAAGAAAGAAGGAUGGAGAAAUAGAAACGGUGUUGGUGGCGGCGGCGAGGAUGGGAAACAUGGACACUCCUCCGGAUGACAACUACACUUGGCGUAAAUAUGGCCAGAAGGAAAUUCUUGGUUCUAAAUUUCCUCGGGCGUACUAUAGGUGCACCCACGAGAAACUAUACAAGUGUCCGGCGAAGAAGCAAGUGCAACGGCUCGACGAAGAUCCUUACACGUUCUGCGUCACGUACCGUAGUUCACACACGUGUCACUUCUUCACCACUUCCCCUAUCUCAUCAACAGCCGCCACCGAAACAACAGACGGUCAUUACGGCUCCACCGUAGUUAACAUGGCCGAAGCUUUAUUCGGCAACAUCGACUCGGUUAAUCCUUUUGGUGAGCCCUAA